CGUGAGCCUUUAGGGUCGAAUGGACGGACGGUAGAAAGAUGGCGGAUGACAAGAGCAAUAGUGUAAGCAGUUAUUCCACUAAUAAAUGUUUCUGGAUCUCGUCCGUUCGAGGAUCGGUGUUUAUUUUUAUCUGCGUGCUACUGGCCGAGCCCGGGCGAGCCGCCACACACUGGGUGGUGACAGAGGACGGUAAAAUUCAACAGCAGGUGGAUACUCCUCUUAACCUAAAACACCCCCACCAUUUAGUUCUUUUUAUGCAACAAGAGACUCGUGUGAACUACCUCAAAAAGUUAGAGAAGCAACUAGUUGCUCAGAAAAUUCACAUCGAAGAGAACGAGGAUCGGGAUACUGGCUUAGAGCAGCGACAUUAUAAAGAAGAUGCCGACUGUGUCACGGCCAAAGUUCCACUGGGAGAUCUGGAUCUCUAUGAUGGCACUUUUAUAUCCCUGGAGAGCAAAGACAUAAAUCCCGAGGAUUAUUUGGAUCAAACGUCACCUAUACCUCCAGACUUGGAUAAACCUGACUGUGUAAAGAUUCUUGACCUCCCGUACAGCAUUCAUGCCUUUCAGCAUCUCCGAGGUGUACAAGAGAAGGUAAACCUCACAUCACCCUUACUUUCAAAGGAUGACCCGAUCUUUACCUCCCUGACUCUGGGUCAAAAUGUUGAUGAGAUUGGGCAUCGGAUACACCAGGCCCUACUAAAAAACUCCUCAUCGUGGGUGCUUUAUAACUUGGCCUCCUUCUACUGGCGUAUAAAGAAUGAACCGAGGCGAGCUGUGGACUGUGUGGUUCGUGCCCUCCAUUUUUCCCCAAGGCAACACAAAGACAUUGCACUCGUCAAUAUGGCAAACAUUCUUCACCGGGCGCACUUCUCGGCUGACGCUGCCAUCCUUGCACACGCUGCUCUGGAUCUCACCACCGAUCUGCUAACCAGCCAUUAUACCCUUGGCAACAUUUAUGCUAUGUUGGGGGAGUAUAAUCACUCUGUGCUGUGCUAUGAGCAGGCCCUGCAGGCUCAGCCGGUGUUUGAGCUGGCCCUCAGAAGGAAACACGCUGUCCUCUGCCAGCAGAAGCUGGAACAGCGACUAGAAGCUCAACAUCGGUCUUUGCAGCGUACCCUGAAUGAACUGAAGGAGUACCAGAAACAGCACGAUCAUUACCUGCGACAGCAGGAGAUGCUGGACAAGCACAAGCUUAUUCAUGAUGAGCAGCUCCUGCGAAACAUCAUUCACGAGACCCAGAUGGUUAAAGAAGCACAACUCGGAAAUCACCAAAUGUGUCAUAUGGGAGAGCAGAAGUCUACCUUGCACUGCCCUUUUGACCUGCCAGUACGGUAUCACCGGGGCGAACCGUUUGAAAAUGUCAACUAUAUUCAGUUUGGUGAGGAGGUGUCUAUAGCCAGCAGUGUUGCUCUGGUGUCCGAGCUAAGCGUGAAUGAGAGUCACAGUCCACAGCAGUUCUACACCAUGUCCAUAGGACGUGAACCUGCAGCCUACUGGGACAAGGAGACCUCCACCUUCACUGAUGAGAGUCAGACGGUGCUGUGGCCUAAGAAGUCCGAUUGUACACAACGAUUCUCCACUAUUCCUCCUCCCCACUUACUGCCAACAUAUUACCUGCCUCCUGAGUCCCGCAACUUUAAGGCUCUUAAUAUCCUCUUGGACCACACAAGUCCUCCACCAUCAACAAAGACCCCCGACUGCACCUUCAAUAAUCAUAUCUCCAGAGACCUGCUGGCUCCUGUGGCCUUGGCAUUAGAGAAGGAGCUGCCUGACACGCAUGCAACAGAGGUGUUGUUAAAACGCAUCGGUGGGAGGAGUUUGGAGCAAGCUGGUGCACUGAUCGCUCAGGCUUUAGAAAAGACAACUGGUCCGGAGUGGAUGAUGCAGAAUGAAGCUGGUCUGUACUGGCGCGCUAAAGGAAAUGGAACACAAGCUUUGAUGUGUCUGCGUCAGGCGCUACAAACUGUUCCUCCUCAGCACAGAGACAUACCGCUGGUCAACACCGCCAACCUACUGCUGCAUUACGGCCUGCACAGUGUGGCCUAUGAGCUGCUGCAACAGGCCAUGCAGGUCAACCACUCAGAGCCUCACACUUUGUUAAGUCUGGUCAGUGUUCACCUUUCUCAAGGAAACCUGACUGGAGCUCUAACAGUGUUUCGACAGGCCCUGACGCUCACCGUUCGCUGCCCCCAGUGUCGUGCCAGCCUGCCACUAAUGCGCUGUCUUCAAUUUUACCCCUUCCUUUACAAUCUCCAGCACCAGACCUGCCCGUCUGGCUCAGGUUGUGAGGCAGAGGAAGACUCAGAGCUGGAGGACUGGGAUUCGGGCAACAGUGGCAGGCAGGAGCCCUGGGAUACUAAUGCCAUGUCUGCUUUAGAAGAUUCACUCCUCUUUAAAAAGGUAGUGGUGGACAGCAAUGGUUCGGAGGAGGCAGGUGGGCAGGUGCAAAAUAAGGACGAGGUGGAGGAGCAAGACUGGCAGUUAAGGGAGGAGCUGAUAGGAGCAUUUGAAGGGGCUCUGGAUAUAAAUGGAAAGACGGGGGACCUGCGGGGCAUUCGUGUGGUGAAAAACGAUCAUGGGGUCAUGGGGGCGAAAGAUGGAGGGUCAUGCAUUGGCAAUUGUGACGAUGAUGACGGAUCUGAAUGGAUUACAUUCCAGGUAAAACGAGUAAAAAAACCUAAAUCGGAUACUUCAGAAGGUGGGGUAGAAGAAGGAGAUGUCCGACAGGGUGAAAUGUCAUCGAGUAACUCCAUCUUGGAGAUCAGUGGGCCCACAAUCCCCUCACCUGGACCCUCGGAGAGAUGGAAGGACUACAGCAUUCUGGGAUGGCCAGGUCCAGAGGAAUGUCAGCGUACACGUCGUGUAGAUCUCACUACCGUGGCUAGUACCUGGCUCGCUGUGUCUGCCAAGAACAUAGAUAUUACAGAACAUAUAGACUUUGCCACAGCACUACAGGAGCCUGCGGCUGAGCCGUUGUGUAACGCCAACCUUCCUGCCAGUAUGCACACAUUGGACCACCUAAGCGGGGUAGCCAACCGUGGAGGCAUUCACUAUACUGGAGAGAGUCAGCUUAGAGAGGUAUUGCAAAAUCUUGGAAAAGAUAAAUUUCCCCCACAGUCUUUUGAGCAAGUGGGAACACGCAUUGCUAAGGUGUUAGAAAAGAAUCAGACCUCCUGGGUUCUGUCUAGCAUGGCAGCGUUGUACUGGAGGGUGAAAGGUCAGGGAAAGAGAGCCAUCGACUGCCUCCGCCAGGCUCUAAACUUUGCUCCUCACCACAUGAAGGAUGUACCCCUCAUCAGCCUCGCCAACAUUUUCCAAAAUGCACGCCUAUGGGAGGACGCCCUGACUGUGGCGCGCAUGGCAGUAGAAAUAGCUCCUCAUUUUGUGGUCAACCAUUUCACCCUGGCAAAUGUCUAUAUAGCUAUGGAAGAGUUUGAGAAAGCCAUGCAAUGGUAUGAAUCCACAUUAAAGCUCCAACCAGAGUUUGGGCCGGCCAAAGACCGUUUGCGUACAAUCCAAUGCUACCUCCUCUCCAAGAGGGACCGGCGAGCUCCCUGAAAACACCACACGCACAUAAAUCUGUUAUGAACAUGCUUCUUAAUCUUAGCUGUCAAUGAGGAUCAGAGUGUUUGUCUAUUUGUUGUCUUAAUUUCAUAAAUAUAGACCAUAUCAUUAAUGUCUGUAAGUUGGGUUUCCGAUGAGCUAUGACAAACGAUUACCAUUUUUCCAAUCAUUUUAUGUUGAUUUAUGGCUUAAGGGUUCAUUUAUUUUCUCUCAAACAUUGUGAUCGUCCUUGAAGGUAAUUAAGGGAUAUUUUGCCGGGACUGUUAAAGGGGUCACUUAAAUUUUGAACUUAAGAUUUGAGUGUGCCUGAAGUUGAAUGUGCUGGACAUUUUAAAUGCUAAUGUUUUUUUGUUUUUUGUUUUACAGUAAUACAGAAUUUGUUCAUUUGCCCCACCAUAUGCAUAUCCCUUUCUCUCUCAGCAAUAGCUAAUACAUUGUCAUUUAGUAUAUGACCUGUCAAAAGAAACCCAUUUAUUUACAUUCUCACAUUAGUUUGCUAAUGGUAAGAAUUUAGGCGGUUACACUUUAAAAUCACAUACACUGUCAGAAGAUAAAGUACGAAAGCUGUCACUGGGACAGUGCCCUUAUUUAAAAGUUUCUAAUAUGUACCAUUUAGGUACAGAUAUGUGGUACAAAUAUGUACUUUUGGGGUAUCGCACCAGCUACAGCUUUUGUAAAAAAAAUUCUGAGAGUGUAGGGUCUUGAGGUCAUGGUUAUUUCCUUGGAUCUGCCGUCAAAACAAAAGGUUAAAGCUUAUUGUCCUCCUGUUGCUUGAAAUUAGCUAAAAGUAACCAUUACUGCAAAUCUGUGGAGAGAAAAAUUCCCCUGGUGGUGUAUUAUACUGCUUUCAAAUUUGAUUGUUUUACCUAACAUGAAAUAACCCCUAAACAUUCAGGUUGUAGAUCAAGCCCAUUGCAAAUAUUUCGAUUGAACUAAAGAUGAACAACAAAAGUU